AUGCAGGCGUCAAAUAGAUUUGCCGACGCCGAAACCUCGAGCUUAGCAGAUGUGAAGAGAGCUCUUCUACUGGAAAUCUCUGAAAGGAAACCCAAUAAGGAACAGGAAUCAAUUAUAGACAUGUCAGUUAGAGUGGUCGGCUCUGCAGAACCUGAGAUUUACUCGAAUCCUUCUUCUACAAUCGUUACAUGGCUCCAAAUAUUAUUUGCAUCUUCAGUCACAGACGCAGAGCGCAGUCUACGUAAUUCUGAACAUACUCCUCCUUGCAUCAUUUCCGACUUCCUUCUACGAACGCCCAUGUCUCGUAUGGAGCUUCAUAGCCAGCUCAAACUUUGGGAAUCUUCAAUUGGAAGUAUAGGACAUCAGUAUCAUCGAAAACAGUCGCACAUUAUCAACAUCAUCACUCAUUUAUGUUACUAUUGCGUGCAUUACGACCCCUCUUACAUUUAUGACCUCAUGAAACACAGUCUCCGCUAUUUUACAUCAGGGGCCUCAGGAAUCACCUAUAAACUUUUCAACCCACAGCAGACUAACAAGCUUCUAUGGACUUUGUCGUCAUUUCUCAUGCAGACGUCAGUGCCUUCAAGCCAAACAUCUAUGUCUAUUAUUCGUGCACAAGAGCUUUUGGUUAAGCACAUCACACAUCAGGAACUCUCUCAGCUUGGUUUCAUGGCCAUUGUCACAUCGCUUCGUUUAGUCGAUGUAAAAAAAGCUCAGAAACUACUUGAUCAUGCAAAGGCACAAUUUCCAGAACCGAUAGCAGAGACGCAUAUAGCCAGCAUUUAUUUAUCUGUCACGACAGAACAACUCUUGCAUAAUUUCAAUUUGGGAGUGUCCCACUUUGAAUCAUCUGCCACUUUGUGGCUUGCAUUUAUCACCAAACUCAAUGAGUUUGGUCUCCUAUCAGAGCAACGAUCGCAUAAAAUUUUGAAGCAGCUUGUAAACAGGCUGGACAGGCUAAUCAUAUCAAAACAGAUCAUUAUCAUGCUUCUUCAACCAAUUAAAACAACUUCGGGCAUAGAACAGUUUAUCGAACAACUCCAGAGUGCUCGUAUGUUCAAUAAUUACCGAGGCAUCAUUCACAACAGGUAUCUCCAUAUACUAUAUCAAAAUAGUGACGGCAAGUCCUUAAGGAAACCGUAUCUUGAUGGAAUUUGCACCUCGUCGUCCAAUCUUGAGUGUGCUCGUCUGUUGUAUAGUUUCAUGAAGAGAAAGACCGUUGGGAAUGUCGGAGUAAUGCUUGCGGGCGAAAGCACAUACCAGGCAGAAAACCUCUAUGAGCUAUACCAAGAGGAAUUGGGAAUGAAAUCACCAGACGAGAAUUGUUUAGUUGCUCUCAUAAAAGCGGCCACAAAAAAGUACCUGGAUGAACGUCGUCUAUGGUGGAAUAACUUCCACGCUUCUCAGAUCGCUGUGUACGAGUUCAAAAUGAAUGUGAGUGAAACUCAUGAUGAUACCAAGAUCAUGCCGUCCAACAAAACGUGGCAGCUGUACGUCACGCUACUUAGAGACUGUGACUACACUGCCGAGCUUUCAGAGAUUCUUCGGUGGUGGGAGCAGCUUCACUUUGUGCCCGAGAGAGACACUUUGUUGAUGCUACUCAAGGCACUCCCACUGCCCUUCGCACAGCGUCACAUUAAGCACUGGCGAAGUGUGCCCGACUCCUCGUCAAGCCUCAAAGACUGGCCAUGGCCUAGUGAUGAAGAACUCACUGUCUAG